CACGCAGUCAAGCUCUGCUCGGCUGAGGACCAGAGACAUUGGCUCAGUGAGUGAGCUCGUGCUUCUUCGUCCGCGGGACCAGUCUUUUGGGCUACACACGGUUGAGCACUCGCCCCUCUGUCUCAUCCCAAGCUCCUAAAGCUUCCGUUUCCUCUUCAAGGUCUUGGCCUUUCAAAGGUAAGGAAAAAAGCAACCAUGUUUCUCAAAGUACAGUUGCCGUGGAAUGUGGUCAUCCCUGCUGAGAGCCUUGAUAUAAAAGGACUGAUGCUCCAAAAGUCAAUUGUGGUCCGCCUGCUGGAUGAAUUUGCAUCAAGAAAGGCAACCAAGGAUCUGGGAUACCUUCUUGCUCUCACAACUCUGGAGAGCAUAGGAGAGGGUAGGGUCAGGGAGCAUACUGGGGAUGUGCUGUUUCCAGUUGCUUUUAGCGGCAUCACCUUCAAGCUUUUCAGGGGAGAGAUUGCAGAGGGUGUUGUCCACAAAGUUCUGAAGCAUGGAGUUUUUCUGAGUUGUGGCCCAGUUGAAAACAUCUAUCUCUCUAAGCUGAAGAUGCCUGAUUAUGAUUAUGUGCCCGGGGAGAAUCCUGUAUUCAUGAAUAGCAAGAUGUCUAAAAUUGAGAAGGGCUCCACGGUUCGUUUCAUUGUCAUUGGGACUAAGUGGCUUGAAUCAGAAAGAGAAUUUCAGGCGUUGGUUGGUUUGCAUGCAGAUUAUCUAGGACCAGUUUCUUAGUUUGGUUACCUUCUAGCCAAUCCCUUCGUAGCAUAGUGUUUUUGCUGACUGUAUCAGUCUGUCUUUGGAAUGUUAAUAUCAUGUGAGUAACUUCGGAUCUUUCUCAGUAAAGGUUGAAGUCUGUUGCUGUUUUUCUUAGCAAGGAAUUAAUAUACACUUUUAUCCUGGAUAACUUGCUGUUCGCACUCUAAAACAGAUCAGUUCUAGCAUUUUUGUUUUUUAAUCCA